AUGUCUGCGGAUCUCUUUGCUGAGUUCAAUCAGCUCUCGAGCGGCCCUCCGCCAGCUCAACAGCAGCAACAGUCCCAGCAGGCGCCGCAGAACUCGUCCUCGGCAUUCCGGGGAGCGCAGAGUACUUCACAGGCCCAAGACUCGUUCGAUUUCUUUCAGAGUAGCAACCCCCCUACGUACCAGCAAUCUCAGCAAUCACAACAGCCCUCAAGUGGGCUAAACACCUGGAACACCUCAUUCGCUCCCGCCACCCAGCAACCACACCAGUCUUCAGGUGGGCUGGAUACGUGGAAUAGCUCAUUUGCGCCUACGGCUCAGACGUACAAACCACAGGAGCCUGUAGAUGAUGACGAUGGCUGGGGCGAUUUCGAAGUUGCCGAGUCUGAGGUAGCCAAGCCAUCGCCAGUCUCGUGGGCAACACCUUCACAAAGCAUGCAGGCUGCACCUCCGCCUCCUCCUCCUGGAAAACCCGUCAAUACCAAUAGAAUCCGCGCCUCCACAAUGGACAUUAUGACGAAUAAUUUGGUUGAUCUGGGGAUGUCACAGCACCGGACAGCCACUGCAACCCCCACAUCCGCGACCAGGAGAGAACGUGUAAUGCCAAAGCAAAAGUUUGCGCCUUCGGAUCCAAACGUACUGUUUGACGCCGAUGACUUUGAGCUCCAAGUAGUUGAGCAGGAUGAGGAUGACGAGAACGAGGAUGACGAUGAUUUUGGUGACUUUGAGUCGGUGACUACAUCGAAACCCAGCGAGAAGCCGAAGCAGCCUCAAGCAGUGCCUCCUCCUACGCUACCUUCCAUGGACUUACUAUCCCUUGGUGAUUCUCCUAUGACGGCUUCGACCCAGAGCCAAGAAAGGCCCAGUGUUUCAGUCAAGCCUGCCCCGAAACAAGCUGCUCGUAGUAAACCAACUAUUUCGAGUCAGCCUCGAAAAGCUGUGGCGAGAGCUGCUACGGCCUCCAAGGGCGGAAAAGUCACCAACACAACCAUCAAUGAAGAGGAGGAAUGGGCAGCUUGGGAUGAUUUUGAGUCUUCAAGUGGUACUAAGAACAAGCCCGGGCCUGCCGCUACCAAAUUACAGUCACCUACGGACAAUUGGGAAUGGGGUGCGGAUGAUACAUUCCCAGAAGCGACAGACCCAAACGCAGGAGUGGCGUCAAUGAUAUCGGCCAUUUCACAAAGUGACAAUGACCCCCCUCCUACUAACGUACCGCCGCCAUCAGUCAUUCUCUCUGCAUUUCCUUCGCUCUUAGCAUCGGGGAAUUCUCUAUUCAAGCCCCUGGUGGGACAGAAUAUUUCAAUCAAGCAGCGAAUACUGUCAGACCCGAAAGCCAUCGAGUUUCUCAAAGGAUACAUUCUCCUAGCAACAACGGCCGGGCACGUCAUUGCGGGUCGAAAGCAUCGAUGGCACCGGGACAAGAUCCUGGCAAAGAGCAUGUCCAUCUCGGCGGCGGGGAGCAAAGGGAUGAAGCUGGCAGGUGUUGACAAGACACAAGCUGUACGGGAGGAUCGGGAAGCUGCAGAUAUCGCGGGGGCGUGGCGCGACCUCGUCGGCCGGGUCCGAUCUGCAGUGGCAGCAGCCAACGGCGAGGGUCUGGCGUCCUUGAAGGUACCGGAACUUUCCGACACCUUGCAGGUCCAGACGGCCAAGUUUGUGCCCACGGGGACAAGCCCAUGCAUCAUCUGCGGGCUCAAGAGAGAGGAGCGGGUCAACAAGGUCGAUCAUGAUGUCGAGGACAGCUUCGGGGAGUGGUGGGUUGACCACUGGGGCCACAGGGCAUGCAAGAACUUCUGGGUUGAGCAUGAGAAGAUGCUACGCCAACGUUAG